GACCUGGAUUCCCAAGGUUGCCACACGAAAGUCUUUUGAAUCUCGCACCAUAUAAUUAUUAUCCUUUUUUAACAAUUCCCAGAUUAAACAGGGCACUUGUUUUGCGGUGCAAUUGAAGAUAAUCCUGAUUCUGAUGUGACCCUUAAGGAAAGGAAAUAGCCAAGAGAGAGAUGGUAUCUGAAACUAAAAGUGGUUUCUGAAACUGGGUUUCUCUUGACAACGAAAUAGAUGGCGGAACUUUGCGUGAUGGCUUCAAAUAGCUACCUUCCUCUUCCUGGGCUUGUCAUCCACCCUGAACAGUCCAUUACCAGGGUUUCUAAGGACUAUCAACAUAUUCUCCCCUAUCAUGGGUCAAACCAAGAUUUGGCAAAGUUGGGCUCCUGUAAUCAAAGUCCGCACCAGAAACUAGAGUGGAAACUUACAAAUGGGGUGUGGCAAAGUAACCAAUUUGUCAAGAACUCGACAGAUAAAAGGCCUGUACUAAUUGAUGUUCAAGACACUACUGCAAACACAAUACUGUUUAGCUCUGGGAUUGUUGAACAAUGCAUAAGGCGGGAGAAGAUCAUGAAAUUACUUGCAUCUGCAUCGACCGAAAUAGAAAGCAGUUUACUAGAUUUAUCAAUGCUCUUUGAUUUGUGGGGUCCUCAACCACCAAUCACGGAUUCGCCUCAACAAACAUUUGGUCCUUAUUCUAGAUGGUGCUUUAGUGACAAUGAGCCUCGGCAGUCACUAAUAUAUCCAACCCAGGAAUUUUACUUCAAGAAACAUCAGCUGGACCUUGUGGGGGAUUUAGUCCCAAGUGACAGACUAUCGCUUAAUGGUACUGGAAUUGAGUUCAAAGAUAUACUAUCAGUUAUUGAUAAAUUGCAUUUGUUGAAGAACCCAAGCAAGUCAAGUAAGCAGACAAUGCUGGUCCCGUACUUCGAGAGGCGGAGAAGAGGAGCAAGCGCUAAUGCAAACAGAGCAAAACUUGAAAUUGUGAAUAUUGCUCCUGUGAAGAGUCCCAAGAAAGUGAGGGAUAGAACCAUGCAGAAAAAGAAAACUAGUAAAAAAUCCGGUAAAGAGAGGGAUCUCUAUUCUAACAGCUACCUCCACGCUUGUGAAAGCCUUCUUUCAAUAAUGGUCGAGAGGAAGCAGCGGGGACAAAGUGCAAUCCUUUCACUAAAGAAAUCUGGUCCUGAACUACCUCAGCUUCUGACCCAAAUUUCUGCUAGUAUUGCCGGGACAGGUAUUGCUGUUCUUUUCUCCGUCAUCUGCAACAUCGCGUGUGGUCGGGCACCCUUCUGUGCCUCUAAAGUUUUGACCACCGGAGUGGGCUUCGGAUUAGUUUGGCUGUCACGGGCAGUCAAUAAACUGAGGGAUACAGUGAGCUCUAUUAGCAAGAAUUCUGGCAAGUUGGGUAUGAAGGAAGAGGAAAUCACGGAAAAUCUCGAUCGUACUUUGAAGGAUGUUUAUUUCAGAGCUGCUGCGUUAUUGGCAAUUGCUAUGCUGAAGUUGGCAUGAUUCAAGAGUAGAGUGCCAUUUUGGUUUGAGGGUCGAUGUAGAUAAAGAAUAAUCACAAGUGUAAAACAUGAGUCUUAGAACUUAAGCGACGCUUUUUUUUCUUUGGUAGUUUGAUUUUGACUGGUGCAGAGGUCAGUGUUUUGCAAGUAGAUUGGGUUAAUUACAGCAAUUAUCACUAAAAUUUUGAGUACUUACACUGAAGUUAUUUUCUUACA